AUGGGAAACAAUUGCUUUCAUCCUGAAGAUCGUGAUGCCAAGCAUCAACAACAACAACAACAAAACGAAGGGAGUUUACCUCCCCUCUCGAUUCCUCUCAACAACAUCACGUUAGUCGAUAGUGAAUCGAUUGUCUCAGAUCCGAGUAGCCAAACUGCUCCCAAUUCACCUUCUCUCUCACGAAAGAUAUUAGGUACAAAACUCAUGAUGAAGCUUGCCACAUCGAAUCGUAAUCUCGCCAAACUCAGCACUGAGAAAACGAGGUCACCAGCUUCACCUUCUUCGAAUGGUGAAGUGUCACCAGUGCCAGGUAGCUCGAACAAUGUUGUGAAUCGUGUGAAUCGAUCCAUAAGCGCACCUGGCUCCGGUUCGAAUGGUCAAUAUCACUUGGCUGAUGUGCUUUUCGAUCCUGUCGGUUUUGAAUUUCUCUACAAAUUCUCAAAGAAGGAAUAUUCUCAUGAGAAUUUAGACUUACUGAAGGUGCUUUUAACCAUUAAUUGUGAAGAGUUUGCAGCCAAAACAAAUUCAGUACAACACUUAAUUAACCAUCAAAAACGUCAAUCCAUGAAAGUGUUAUCACAACAAGCGAAAGAGUCGGCAUUUAUUGAAGAAAUGAAAGCUGUGGAAGAGGGAUAUCUAAUUCCAGGAGCUGAAUUUGAAAUGAAUAUCGGUUUUUGUACAUUUGCAGUGUUAUCUAAAAAGCGAAGAGGAGGUUUGGACGAAUUUGCAAAUAAUUCGAGUAAUUCACCACGUUUUCUUGGAAAGAAUAAUGACAUGGCUAGUACUAUCAACAACAAUAACAAUGAUUCAAGUGGUGGUGAUUUUAACAACAAUAGUAACGGCAGUCUAACUGACCAAAACCAGCACAACACAUCAACAACAACAAACAACGAAAACACACCACAAGUGACCACCGAGGAUGUUGUGACAUCACUGAAUCAACAAAAAGACCAACAAAAUGAUAUCAACAACAAUGACAUUCAACAACAACAAAAUGGUCAUGCCUCACCACUGACAGAACCAAAGAUUAGUAAUCCAGACAAAACAGAAAGCCCAACAACAACACGUGCCGACGAAAAUAAUACCAAUGAUCAAAUUAAUCAAGCUCCACAAAAUGGUCCUCUCUCUGAAACUUCUAUUACCAUCAAGAUCGAUAGUCCUCCAGAAGAAGGCAACAAUAGCAGCAACUGCAACAAUACUGGCACUACUGCUACGACAUCGACCAUAGAACCAAUCAAGGAAAACACAUCGCCGAAUGCUACUUUUAAUUUUUAUAGAUCUCUUCAUAAGGCCAUGCUUGACGAUUGUAUGGGAAAUCUGCACGAUGUGUUUGUUAGAUUUAUGGAUUCAAGAGAAUUUGAUCAUUAUUUGGAAACUCGAUUGAAUAGCUCGAUAUCUAAUCCUUCUCAAGUCUUGAAUGUUAAAUGA